CUUAUUGAUGAAUAAAACUGUUAUGGUCAAUAUAGUCAAUACGUUGUUAUUUUGCAACAUUUGAACAUUUUUAACGUUUUAUAUGAAUACCACAUUGGAAUAGAGGAUAUGUAGUCGGUCAGCCAUUAAUGUAACCGACUUGAUAUCAACCCUAUUGCCAAUAAAUAUGUACCCUACCCUCACUCACAAUAGCCAUAAUCAAACUCCUCUCUCUCUCUCUCUCUCUCUCUCUCUCUCUCUCUCGCCAUUUUCGUUCUGCUCUGAUUGACAAUGCCAGUUCCAGUGAUGUCCGAGAGAACCUUCCAGGGGAUUCAUGUAUUAGGAAGGGAAAACAAUUCUCCCUCCCACAAGAGGCUGGAGGGAAAGAUUGCAAUCGUAACUGGUGGAGCUAGAGGCAUAGGAGAAGCAACUGUCAGGCUCUUUGCAAGGCAUGGCGCCAAGGUAAUCAUAGCCGACAUCGAAGACACUCUGGGAACCGUUCUUGCCAAUUCACUGGCUCCUUCUGCAGCUUACGUUCACUGCGACGUUACCUCGGAAAGAGAUGUAGAAAGCUUGAUCGAUUCAACAGUUUCCAAAUACGGCCGCCUCGACAUCCUCUUCAACAAUGCCGGCGUUCUGGGCAACCAGGCUAAUCACAAGAGCAUCGUUGACUUUGACGCCGACGAAUUCGACCGCGUCAUGCGCGUGAACGUGCGCGGGGCGGCACUGGGGAUGAAGCACGCCGCGCGUGCGAUGAUUCCGAGGGGAUCCGGCUGCAUAAUUUCCACGUCUAGCGUGGCUGGAGUCAUGGGUGGGCUUGGACCGCACGCUUACACCGCUUCGAAGCACGCCAUUGUUGGGCUGACUAAGAACACGGCUUGCGAGCUGGGCAAGUAUGGGAUUAGGGUUAACUGUAUCUCGCCAUUUGGGGUGGCCACGGCCAUGCUUGUGAAUGCUUGGAGAAGUGGUGGCGAAGAAGACGAAGAUGAAGGGAUGAGCUUUGGGGUGCCCAGUGGGGAAGAAGUCGAGAAGAUGGAGGAGUUUGUGAGGGGGCUUGCAGACUUGAAAGGUUCAACUUUGAGGGCUAAAGAUGUCGCAGAAGCUGCUCUUUAUCUUGCCAGUGACGAGUCCAAAUAUGUUAGUGGCCAUAACCUUGUUGUGGAUGGUGGGAUUACCACCUCAAGAAAUUGUGUAGGCUUGUAACUAAUCUUUGAUCAUUCGUAAUUGGCUAGGUAAUUGCUCCCCUUAAUUUCUGUGAAAUCUUCAAUAUAACGAUUUAAGAUUGAACAACUGA